AUGGCUCAGGUGAGGUGGUCCUCCUGAAUGGAUCGCUGAAAAUUAAUUCCCAGGGUUACGCUUUAUAAGAUAUGGUAAGGGAUUCUUAGCAUAAGGGUAAGGGCUUCUUAGCAUAUUCACAACAGAAUCCGAAUGAAGAACACGUUAAGUUUAGCUUACUUGGGUUGUGUUGUGUUGCAUAGCGUAAGCAGAAUAUAUGUGGUUGCGCAUGCAACAAAAUCUAAGCAACAAACCAAAAUAUUGAAUGCCACACGGAAAAUCUCGACGCUGUAUUCACACCGCGCAAAGCACGUGGUGAUUAGUUUUUUAUUGCCUGUAGGUAUCAUCACCUGAAACGGCCCCUACAAAACCUCCAACACCAGCAACAUCAGCAACAUCAGCAACAAGCUCUCACGGCAACCUCGAUCCUUCACACCUAAGAUCUACAAAAUUACCAACAAGUUCCAAAGAACAACAGGAAGGUGGAUCAUCCAGUGUAGUUGGUAUUGUUGUUGGUUUGCUAGCGGCAAUCUUGGUAUUAUGUGGUAUAAUUCUUGGAUAUUUUUGUUAUAAAAGAAGAAAAAGGUAAGAGUAAUAUUGCACAGUACAUUUUAUAUUUUAAUGUUUGGUAAUGCAUUCAUGUGUAAGAUUUUAAACGCCUAUCUUGUUGUAUUUUUUUGGGAUGCGGCGGUUAGAAAGUCUUCUUAUAAACAGUUAUUGUAUGAGUUCUUGACAUGAGAGGCGACGCCUCUCCCUAAAUUUGUUUCUCAGUCUGCGUUGCAGGAUAAAGGCACUCGCGCUCGGUAAAACUGUAAUAUACAAGGUAUCGCGAAAAAUACCUCCCACUAUAUGUUAGCUUUAAUGUCUAUAUGUUAGCUAGAAGUCUCAGUUUUUAUACUGGAUGCAAUAUAUAUUACAUCAUUUUAAUCCAUUCCUAGACUGAUCAAACAAUUAAAAAUAACCGCAACCAUUUGCCUUCUAGAAUAACGUAAGGUGGCAAAUGUACAAAUUAUGGAAAUUAAAUUAAAACUAUAGAGGGCCUCUGCCAGCGAAUGGAUUCCGUAAACAAAUAUUUCCCAUCCAGUUUUCUCUGCCCGAAAAAGCUAGAGAAACUUUUGUUAAUUUGUCGUUUAAUUUUUUUUCCAAAGUGAACCAAAAUUUAGUCGAUUUGUCCUUGGCCUAGAUUAUGCCAUUAUGCCCACACGUUUUUGUGUUAAUAAGUUUUCGUAUAUAAUGCCACGUAUGCAGACAUAUACAAACCAAGGCGAAAAUAUAAUUUAACGAACCCUCAAAUCCGAAAGCGUGAAACAUAACCAUAUUGCAAACCCUCACUUGAAUUUUAUGUCUCUUCAGGGCCUAAAUCAUGCGUAAUGUAUUGUGAUGAACAUAAUUUUGUGUAUAUAAAUGACAUUUAUGGAAACUUCGAGCGGAAGAUUAUAAACAAUGCUGCUGAUGAUGAGCUCUAAAAUUGUAUAUAAUCUUCCACUCAAAAUUUCCAUCCACAAAAACCCUUCAACUGUUAGUACCAUCGAGCGAGAUGCCCAAAAUCUUGAUACAGUAGUAGUACCGACAUAAUGCACUAACCUGUAAUCAACAAUUGCAGUGCAUCGCCUCCAUAUUUUCUUAUAACGGUUUUAUUGUUGCAUCUUCUUGCUAAAUUGGUUGAUAUUAUUUAAUCUCUCUUAUGUGAUUUUGCUUUCAGUCGUUUAGACAAAACUUCCUCUAAUGUGGAAAUUAACGGUAAAGGUAUGAAGUUAUUACUUUCUACGCAACAGCAGGCUACAUGCUCACUGAGCUAAUUUUUCUCGCUUUUAAUCCAAUAUAUAAUUUCUAGAAAGAUUUGAAACAAAAGUAAUCAAUGUUUCUGGCAUAAUUUGGACCAAACCCCAACAUUCUAGCGAGUAUUUUGCAUUAAAAUUAUUCGAGCACAUAUACGAUGUUCCUAUUACUCGCGCAGUUUCCUACUCCAUUCACCGCAUGCCAUUCAUACAUAAUACGCAAUAUUAUUUUUAACAAACCGUUAAAUUAUUAAUUGAAUUUUCUUUUCCUUAUCAUGACAGGCAAAUCAUCUGGAGAUACAAUGAAUCCUAUCUAUUCCUCAGCAGAUAACAAAAACCCUUCCUUGUCAAACGACGGCGGGAUAUACCAAGAACCAGAUGGGAAUGCCAAUGCGGCCUCGCAAGAGUGCGACUUGUACGAACCUGGUGGUGAUCAUGAAUACGACUACGCUAAAGUCGAACAGAAAAGUAAACCAGCGCCACCUUCGGAGGAAUUGGAGUAUGAUUAUGCAAAAACUGACGAUAUCAAGUCGGCUGUACAGCGAGCGCCGGUUAGAGGUAACGCCUAUCAAGACACAGUUAUCAAAAAUAAGAAUACGGCAACGGAUGCUAACGAAGACAAGGAAACAGGAAAUGAUGCCGGGCCUUUAUAUCAAACACUGGAGGAUGAGACAGCACCUGUUUAUCAGACACUGGAGAGUGAAUGA